GGCUGGACCGCGGCGCUGCAUCUGCUAAGUGCUGGGUGCGAAGUUGCUCACGGUGCGGUUGUCGCGGUCGCCGUUGCCUUUCGACCCAAUGAGCUGCACUAGAAUGAUCCAUGUGCUGGAUCCACGUCCUUUGACAAGUUCAGUCAUGCCAGUGGACAUGGCCAUGAGGAUUUGCUUGGCUCAUUCUCCACCUCUGAAGAGUUUCCUGAGUCCUUACAAUGGUUUUCAACGAAGAAAUUUUGUGAAUAAAUUGAAACCUUUGAAACCAUGUCUCAGUGUCAAGCAGGAAGUCAAGUCACAGAAUGAAUGGAAGAGCCCGCACAACCAAGCCAAGAAGCGGGUCGUGUUUGCCGACUCCAAGGGGCUGUCACUCACUGCUAUCCAUGUCUUCUCCGAUCUCCCAGAGGAACCUGCGUGGGACCUGCAGUUCGAUCUCUUGGACCUUAACGAUAUCUCUUCCAGCUUAAAACUUCAUGAGGAGAAAAAUUUGGUUUUCGAUUUCCCCCAGCCAUCAACCGAUUACUUAAGUUUCCGGGACCGCUUUCAGAAGAACUUUGUCUGCCUCGAGAACUGCUCUCUGCAAGAUCGGACAGUGACAGGGACUGUCAAAGUGAAGAAUGUGAGCUUUGAGAAGAAGGUUCAGGUCCGGGUCACCUUUGACACCUGGAAAACCUACACAGAUGUGGACUGUGUGUACAUGAAGAAUGUUUACGGCAGCUCAGACAGUGACACCUUCUCCUUUGCCUUCGACCUGCCCCGUGUCAUUCCAACUGAGGAGAAAAUCGAGUUCUGCAUUUCUUACCAUGCCAAUGGGAGGGUCUUCUGGGACAACAACGAGGCACAGAACUACAGAAUUGUCCACGUACAAUGGAAACCUGACGGAGUGCAGACUCAGGUGGCACCCAAAGACUGUGCAUUCCAACAGGUGCCCCCUAAGACUGAGUUAGAACCCACUGUCUUUGGCAGUCCAAGGCUUGCUAGUGGCCUCUUCCCAGAGUGGCAGAGCUGGGGGAGAGUGGAGAACUUGGCCUCCUAUCGAUGAGUUAGGCAAUCUAUAGACUGGCUUUGUCUGAUCAUAAUCCUCAUGCAAUUCUAGGUCUAUAUUGCUCAAUAUUAGGAAGUCUUAGUUACUUUCUAUCAGUAGAUUUAGGUCUGAGCUGUUGGGGCCUGGCUAGAGAAGCCAUAGCCACUUGAGAAUUUAGUGUUGGGGUCUAUGAGGGUGAUGCCGCCAGCUUUGUUCUGAAGGAUCAAGGACAGCCUGGGAACUGGUUUUAUAGAAGCAACACCCUUUUUGGGGGUGCCUUUUUCCACUUCCCUCUCAGUUCACUAGCUUUCACUUUGAAUAAGGAAAGGUUUGAAGUCAGUUGAUGGUGAUGGAAUGCUGAGGUAAGGGUGUGAGGAAUGUGAAAUGUUUAUGCUAAGACUCUGAGGCUCAAGUCAGAGGAGGAGCAAUGGCUAAAUCGAUAGUUAACUAUUGGUGGGAAAACAGAAAGUUACCUUGUGUUUCGGAAUGGGUUCUUCGGGCUUCUCUUGAGGAAAUAGCUCCACGAUGGGAAAGAAACCCAUUCUAUGCAUCCUUGCAUAGAAAAAUAAAAGGGUGUUGGAUGGUACUGGGGGAAGAUGAACUGUAGUUCUGAAGAGUCAAGAUCUUGAAGGUUAGAGACGUAGCUCAGUUGGUAGUGUGCUUGCCUAGUGUGCGAGAAGACCUGAGUUCCAGGUCUAGCACCACAUAGCUGAGGGUGGCAGCACAUGCCUCUACUCCCAGUAUGUCAUAGUGGAGGUGGAGGCAGGAGGAUCAGAAAUCCAAGGUCAUCCUUGGCACACAGAAAGUUGGAGGCUAGCUUGGGCUGUACGAGUCCGUCUCAAGGAAACAAUGAUAUCAAAAGAUCUCUUUCAGUUUAAACUCGGUCUACCAGAAACCAUGUUUUGGAGAGUCCUGAAACAAAUCUGGCUUUGCAUUCUUAAUCGGAUAAGCGGCUUUGUGAUGAAGGCAUCAUUCUUGGGUUCUUGCUACAGAAUGCUGCCUAACAUCAGGCGUGUUGUCACUAAUGGCUAGCAGCAUGUAGGGACUCCACAUCAUGUCAAAGAGAGCUCUUUCAGUGCCUUGGUUAAACCAGAACACUGUAGCUGUUUAAACGAGAUACCUGAAUGGCCAUCUAAUAACUCAUGAAUUUUUGGGGCCUUAUUUGGAGGUCUAGUCACUGGCGUUCUCCUGAAAUGAUCAGGAGUGCCGUCAGUGUGCACAACUCAUGUCCUUCAUAUUGAAGGUGACUCAUCUUUCUGCCACACUUUUUUGAUGUGAUGUUUGAAGUGGAGACUGACACCAGAGUCUCAAUGCAAGAAUCCAGGACCUUGCACAUGAAAGUAUCAGUCUAUCUCAUGCUUACCUUUGUCUUGCUGUUUUCAUUUCUAGUCAAAAUGCUUUUUUUAAAAAACAUAGAUAUGGAUUAUUUUGAGUGUGAACUGUUUUUUGUGUGCGCAUAAAUCCACUUUGUGGGAUCUUGAGGACAGGUGUCCUGGGAUGACUGCCGUUAUCAGUGUGCAUGUCCUUUGAGGCAUGUUGGGAAAGUGCAGUGAAUUGUAACAUAUGUGAUCUGCCAUGCUGGAAAAACACGAUUGGGAUACCUCCCCUGUUGACGGUAUUUGAGGUUUGGCUAGCAUCCGUAAAGUUCUCUGCUGUAAAUAUCUACAUUGUCCCUGUGAGCUUCUCACUUUAAGAAUAAAUGUGCUUGGUAGAAGA